UACGUCAUCCACACGCGCCACCCGGAAGCCGUGGUUCAUACUGUUAUUGCCGGCGGCCCUAAGGAGCCCAUCAUGGCGACACCCCCCAAACGGCGGGCUUUGGAUACUGUAGGAGAGAAAGUGCUGCGGUACGAGGCCUUUAUCAGUGACGUACUGCAGCGAGACUUGCAAAAGGUGCUGGAUCAUCGAGACAAGGUAUAUGAGCAGCUGUCUGUAUACCUUCAACUGAGAAAUGUCAUUGAGCGACUCCAGGAAACUAAUCACUCGGACUUAUAUAUGCAGGUGGAUUUGGGCUGUAACUUCUUCGUUGACACAGUGGUCCCAGAUACUUCACGCAUCUAUGUGGCCCUGGGAUAUGGUUUUUUCCUGGAGUUGACACUGGCUGAAGCUCUCAAGUUCAUUGACCGAAAGAGUUCUCUCCUCACAGAGCUCAGCGACAGCCUCACCAAGGACUCCAUGAAUAUCAAGGCCCAUAUCCACAUGAUGCUAGAGGGACUUAGAGAACUACAAGGCCUGCAGAAUUUCCCAGAGCCAUCUCCCCAUUGACUGCUUCUUCCCAUCUAAUAUUAAAGAGCCGAAUGUCUUGGAAUCACAUAGCCCUUCUUUUUCCCCCUAACUCUCACUGAUUGACUAAAACUACCCUGGAGACCAAAGUUACUGGAAGACCCAUCCACUCUGUAGAACCUCUGGAACACUCUAGAGGUUUUGCCUCCAAUUUGUAUUUUCCACCUGACUUUAUGCUUUGCCCUUUUUUGUCACCUUGUGAACUUUGACCCACCUCCUCACACUUUAAUUCCUUUUCUUAGA